AUGGCACUCAGAUUGGCCCGGUCAGUUUUGGCGAAGGUGAACCCUAUGAUGCCGAGAUUGGGAGCUGCAGCCUCCAAAUCAGAAUCUUUUGGUAAACAGUUCUACUCGUCUUCUCCGUCUCGUCCAAUAUCUUCUACUCACCGCUUUUCUCAUCAUCUAGGGAAAGAACUCUCUUCUUCUGAAGGGGAACUCUCGUCUUCUCCGUGA